CAAUGGAAGGAGGGGAGAAAUCAUCAGAAAACGAAACCUUUGUAGUGGAGAUUCAGCCCGACAAAAUCCAUUAUUCCCAAGAUAAUAUUGGCAAUGGCAAAUCUGAACCACCACCCCUCAAGGUCCAGGACCAUCACCAUAACCCUUCAAUGGCGGAGCUGUCCAUGCUCCAACUAGCUCUACUUUCCACCACUACACAGACACACCCUCAAACUUCAAUUAAACCUCCAUCUCCAUCUCCAUCACCAUCUUCCUCACCUCAAAUUCAACAGCCUUCACCAAUGCCUCCCCAACCCAUCAGAAGAAGAACCUCAGCUUAUGCCAAGCCCAAGUCCAGGAUAGCCGAGCCGCCAUAUCCAUUCAAAUCCAAGCCAAUCGAGCCACAACCUGCACCUCCCGUCGCAUCGCCAAAACAGACUCCAAAGACGCCGUUAACGGGAGGUGACAAUAGUGUGGGCGGGGACGACGAGGAGGUCUACAAAACAGAUAGCGUCAGGGCUGGCAAUAAGGCUAAGAAGGGCAGGAAAACGAAAGCGGUGGAGGUGAUCGAAUGGUCUGCAUUCGUGACCAUAACGACCGUUUUGAUCGCCAGUUUAACAGUUAACAAACUGAAAACAGGUUUCCAAAUUUGGGGUCUAGAAAUUCACCUCUGGAGAUGGAGCUUGAUGGUGAUGGUGAUCUUCUGCGGCCGUCUCUUCACCGAAUGGCUAACCAACGCCCUCGUGUUCUUGAUCGAAAAGAACUUUCUGCUCAAGAAGAAGGUUCUGUACUUUGUCUUCGGGUUGAAGAAGAGCGUGCGCAUCGUCUUUUGGCUGGCCUUGAUUCUCGUGGCAUGGUUGGUGUUGAUCAACGUAGAGGUCGACGAAAAGGCCUCCCGAGUUCGCUAUUACAUCACGAGAGGGAUCGUGUCGACUCUGGUCGGGGCAGUUCUGUGGCUGCUGAAGACAUUACUCAUCAAGCUCAUAGCAUCCUCGUUCCAUGUUAGGACUUAUUUCGACAGGAUUCAAGAAUCCAUAUUUCAUCAGUACAUCCUGCAGGCUCUAUCGGGGCCUCCAUUGCUGACAAACAGUUCCGAAGGAGUCUCUUCUAGGCGAAGUAGUGGGAAGUUGAGUUUCAGGAGACCGAAUGCCGGAAAGAAGGCGAAGGACGGGGAGGUCAUUGAUGUCGAUAAGCUUUACAAGAUGAAGAGGGAGAAAGUGUCUGCUUGGACCAUGAAAGGGCUGAUUGGAGUUAUAAGGGAUUCGGCGCUGCGCACCGUCUAUGAUACGAUUGACGAGAGCGUAGAUGACGAGUCAGAAGAGCAGCCGAUGGCGGCUAUUAAUAGCGAGGUCGAAGCAAGGGAAGCUGCCUAUAGAAUCUUCAAAAAUGUUGCAAAGGAAGGACACAAAUACAUCGAAGAAGACGACCUCCUGCGCUUUUUGCCGAAAGAAGAGGUUGAAAACGCUAUUCCCCUGUUCGAAGGAGCUGCAGAGUCUAAAAGGAUCAAGAGAUCAGCCUUCAGAAAUUGGGUGGUAAAGGCCUAUAACGAGAGAAAGUACCUAGCGCAUUCUCUUACCGAUGCCAAAACUGCCAUCGAGGAGCUAAACAGGCUGGCGUCGGCGCUUAUCCUGGUAGUGAUAAUCAUAGUAUGGUUCCUUUUAAUGGAGAUCGCAACCACCCAAGUAUUGGUGUUCAUCGCGUCUCAGAUUUUGCUCGUUGUCUUCAUGUUUGGCAACACUGCUAAAACAGUAUUCGAAGCCAUCAUAUUCGUCUUCAUUGUGCACCCAUUUGAUGUCGGAGAUCGCUGUGUUGUUGAAGGUGCUCAGAUGAUUGUCGAUGAGAUGAACAUUCUGACAACAAUCUUCCUGAAACCGGACAAUGAGAAGGUGUACUAUCCGAACGCAGUGUUGGCCACCAAAGCUAUAAGCAACUUUAACCGAAGCCCCGAGAUGAUGGGUGAUUCUGUGGAGUUUGCUGUCGAUUUCUCCACUUCUGUGGAGAGCAUAGCUGCCCUGAAAAGCAAAAUAAAAGUGUAUUUGGAGAGUAAGCCUCAGCAAUGGAAUCCAAACCACAUGGUGCAGAUGAAGGAAAUAGUAGAUGCGGACAAGAUGAUUAUGGAACUUUACGUGACGCAUACGUUAAACUUCCAAAAUGCGGGGGAGAGGGGCAAUCGAAGAUCUGACCUUGUUUUGGAACUCAAGAGGAUCCUUGAAGAGCUCAGGAUUAGGUACCAUCUUCUGCCCCAGGAAGUGGAAGUGGAGGUCCGAUGAGCCGGAGGAGGAUUAGGUACCUUUUCAGUCUUCAUCUUGAUCUUGAGGGAGCCUAAUUUUGUUUGGAGGCUCUUCUGCAUACUUCACUUGUAAAGCUGCCCUUUCUUCUUGUUGUGCCUCUAUUUCCUCCUUGUAAAUUCUGCAAAGGCGUGAUUCUCGUACCUAGUCUGUAGCAAAUUUUACUCUUUUGGGCAUAAAAGAUCUUGUUAGAAAGCAAAUGAUCAUAAGUUUGAUCAUGUAAUCAACUAUCCAACAAUUCAUGUCAAUGUGUUCUUAAUGGAGGCUGACAUAGACAAAAGUUUACCGUUGA